AUGGCUCGCGAGCCGAAGAGGACUUUCGACAUCAGCAAUCUAAUGUCUCCUCCAGAGCCGAUUCCCUACGACAGCUUCAGCCAAGGUCAACAAAUCAAGACACAGAUUGUAUCGGGUGCUUCUCAAGCCAACGAAUCGACCAAGCCCCACAUGCCCAUGUCGCCUCCAGUCUCGCCUUACAUCACAGAGUCCAGCAACGUGAUCAUUCCUGGAACACCUGCAAAGGAUCCGAUCUUGUACCCUCGUGAGGAGGCGGCUUCGAGUCCGACACAGCCACCUCUAUUUCCCAGCACCGAAUCCAUCGAACACAGGCGCAUUGUCGACGAGCACAUUGUCACGCGGCCUCCUGGCCUGUUCCGCGAGGGCUCGCCUCCUCUCAGAGAAGAUUACGAAUUAGCUCUACAACUCAAGUCGCAGGUCAUGAGACUCUUUGCGAAUAAGAGGAAGUCUUGGUACGAGAAGGAGAGGGACCAGGUCAGAGCCGAUCGGAAGCUGAACCACGCCCGGUGGAACAGCGUCGUGCGAUAUCAGAACAUCGCCCCAGCCAAGUCCGCACCCGUCAAGGCCUCCAACAAACCAGCAGUCAGCAAGCCUAGGAUUCCCUCAUCUUCAAAUCCAAAGCCUGAACGUGUUGGCAAGCCCCAGGCUCCCCGGCCCAUCCGCAACAGUCCUCCUACUCGCCAUGCUCGCCGUGUGAGCUCGACUCCAGACCCUACUCGUCGUGUCGUGGCACCAAACAGAGAGGACCGCGACUUUGCUGCUCUUCCUGACUACUGCCCUCCGACCUCCUCGCUGCCAGACAAGCCCAACUGCUUGAAGGUAGACUGGAAGGGUGCUCCCAUCGAUCUCAGCGACGACCCUAACGUCCACUUGCUUCACCCUGACGAGGUUAACCUUGCCGCCAACCUUCGUCUAGACUGCGCCACUUAUCUUACAAGCAAGCGACGCAUUUUCGUCCGCCGGGUCGAGUGUGCAAAGGUUAGCAAGGAGUUCCGCAAGACGGACGCUCAGCAGGCCUGUAAGAUUGAUGUCAACAAAGCCUCCAAGCUCUGGACAGCUUUCGACAAGGUCGGCUGGCUAGACCUCAAGUGGACGGCCAAAUUUCUCUGA